AUGGAACUUGCCGGAAGACUCUAUCACAGUUAUAGAGUAAUUUUAGGUGCUACUAUUUUGCUUGGAUUGUCACUUAUUUGUAAUUCAGAUUUUACGAGUAAAAAAUAUGAACAGCCAGCCUUCGAAAUUGUAUCUAGUGAAAGUAUCAGCCAUGGACAGAAACACCUUAAUCGCUUACAGAAGUGGAGCGAAACAUCGCAAUGUUGGAAUAAAGCCUUGAUGCAAUUUCACAGUGGUUGUAAGCAUCUUUCUUCAGUCGACCAAUCAAGGUUAGCUAUCGCUCUGACUAAUUGCCAUCUAGCUCGAUCUGGGCGUCCGACAUUCCCAUGCUCCGACAAUCAAUCUAUCGAAGAAUGCACCCGUACCAUGGAUAAAGCGGACUUUAUCAUCUACACUGAAUUCUUCACAAAUGCAAUUAGUAUCUGUUUUUUCAUCAGAAAUCAGAGAUGGCAAGAAGAUACUGAAUUAAUUAUCAAUCAGCUAUCGGUUUCUUCCAUUGAAACAGCUAUGAAAUUGAAGCAGUCGUUACGAUACCAUGAAGAGGUAUUACAAAAGCAAAAUAAUUCCCUAGAGAAUCAAAGGUUAAUAAUUCAAAAUGAAAGAAUUCUAAAAGAAUCGAUAAGAAAUUCUAGUGAAGACAUGACAAAUACAUUGGCAAAGACUAACAAUAUCGCCCUAGAGAAUUAUCGUAUAAUUCAAGGAGCGUUUUCUAGAAUUGGAAAUAACUUACAGUACUUAACUUCGCUCCAAAUGCUACUUCUUGGAGAAUUUUCUACCAUCUAUACUGGCGUUUAUUAUGUAAUCAGUAUCUUAUUAGCGUAUUUACUUACUACUACUCCGUCCACUGCUAAUGCAAGAAUUUGGUUGUUUAUAGUUUUAACUAUUAAUGUAAUAUUUGAACGAUUACUCGGGGCAAUUUUACACAGUUCUGUACCUGUGGAUAGCAAAGCCAAGGAAAUAAUUUAUAGUACAACGUGGAUAUGCAGAAGAAUCUUCAUUGGGAUCUCUUUCACGAUCCUUGUGAUUUCUUAUAUAAAAUAUCGCGAUUAUUCGAAAAUUAACAACGCUUUGCUGGAAAAAAUUGCCAAGCAAAAUAUGGAAAUAAAAGUCCUCCUAGAUAACAAAUUAGUUCUAGCAAAGGAAGUAGAUAGAUUAUCUCGCACAGAUGCUAGUAAUUCUUCUGCCAAGAUUUUCAAUAAGCAUUUAUAUAAACAGACAAACAAUAGGCAACCGCAUCCAGCUAGAAUUAAAACUAAGCAUUCAUCUAAGUUACGCGAUAGUGGCCUUUCGGAUAACUGUGAAAGUGAUGUUGAAAUAAAGGCAAUUUCGCGUCCGAAAACACAUACCAUACCGAAACCGAAAUCUGUAGUCAAACAUACUGAAAAAAUACCAGAUGAUGUGGCGACACCGGAGAGAGUGACUCGCUCACCUACACAUUACAACCUUCGUCAGCAGUUUGGUUAUAAAAUGAGUACAGCAAAGAAAGAAAAUUGUGAUAUAAAAUAUUCUAGAUCGUCUACUUUAACAAAGAUGGAGGGGAAGAAUAGCAUAAAACCUUCACAAGGUUUAGCUUCGGUUAGAAUUGAGCUUUUCUCUGAGGAAGACUAG